CUUAAUAUAGAUUAAUUAAUAAAUUAUUAUUUGGUGGAUCAAAAGUAAAUGAAUUGCAUUAAAGAGGAUUCAAAUCACUUUAAUGGCGGAGUUAAAGAGUCCUCUUAAUAGUAGGAUGGUGAGGAAUCGGCAUUUUAGUUGAACGAACUAUUUGAAGCUAAAAAUUAUCAAACAGAAGAUGAGAUAAAAGCUGGAUAAAGCAGCUACAAGUUAAAUACAAUUAAGAAAACCUUUAACAAAUAGAUCAAAAGUUAUAUAUUAAGUUUAAAUGAAGGACAAAUGAACACAAAACAACUUAAGGUUUAGCUGCAAAUAAAUAAUUUGAAAGCAUAGACUUUAAUUUUUUAGGUAUUUAUUCAUAAAAUAUCUUUAGAUAUUACUGCAGUUAGUAGCAAAGACUAAAUACUUAGACUCAAGAUAUAUCCAGGUGCAAGAUUUGAGCUUAAUUCUAGUAUACUUUAGCAGAUUGGAGCCCACUCCUCUGUUUUAGGUGCAAGUUUAGCAGACAAAGGUUAGAAUUAAAUAAACCGUAAGCAUAAAUCUGAAGAAAAUACAUCUUCAGCUAUUAAUUAAACAUAAUAAUCUCUUGCAGAAGAAUAAAUUCCUAUAAAUGGUAAUGCUAAUGGGACUGUCGCUUUUAAGCAAAUUUUAUCUUAAUAAUAUUCAUAAGAUAGUAAAUUUCUGCAAAAUAACGAAGAGUGUUAUCUUUCAUAAAAUAGUUAAGAUAAAAGUCUACUCAUACCUUCAAUUUUAGCAGGAUAAUCCGCAAAUAAUUAAAAUCAGUAAUAGUAAUAGCUUAUAUAAAAGUAGUAAGGAAAUAUUAAUUUUAGCAAUAACCCUACUUAGAACAAUAUAAGUAGUCAAAAUAACUCAGUAUAUGUCUUUAAUGCACCUAGUGACUUUUUAUUAAAAGAUAAAUGGAUUAAUCUUAUUGUUGAUUUAAAAAGUUUCUUUAAGGAUGUCAAUGAUGAUUUCGUUGUAAAAAACAUAGAAAUAGGUUCAUAAUGUAGACUUAAAAGCAUUUUCUACUCAAAAUAAUCUGAUUUAAGGGCUUCACUUAUUAGUAAGCAUGAUUUGAUAGUAAAUAGCGGUACAAACAAGUUCAUCCCCUAGGUGAUUAAUUUCUAGUAAGUGAGUUAAAUGAUAGAUGACUCAAGUCCUAAGCAUGGCUAAAGAAAAUCUUAGUCCAACAACAUUAACUUCUUACUUCCUCAAUGCUAAGCAAUUUAAGCAAAUUCACAAACUGCAGAUAUCAAUUCUAGUAAUGUAGAAACAAGUUUGAUGAUUCAUAAUUCAAUAGCCUUACCUGCAAAGACCCCAAAUAAGUCAAAUAAAUAUCAAAAUAGAUAUUCAGUUCAUCUUUCUAAUUACAAGCACAGCUAAGUUGCUCUAUAAUAAGCUUAGAAUGCUUAAGUUGGAUCUUCAAAGAGUUACUCUAAGUAACCUCCACCUCCAUUAAUUCAAUAACAAUAAUCCCCUUCUUAUCAUACUCAAGUACCUGGAGUGUCAUCAACUUCCGCUUCUAACACUAGCACUAAUCCAGGUUCAGCUUAAUUAUCUAAAAUAGUAAAAAGAAGAGAAAGUAAAAAUGGUUACUCUGGAAAUAUUAGUACAAACAAUUAAAGUUUUUAACAAUAAUAACUACCAAACAGCCAAUCUAUGCAAUAUAAUUAAAACUCCUAUUUAAGUAAUAACAUAUCAUUCGAGUAACCUCAUCAAGGAAUAGGUCACUCACAUUUAAACUCACAAAAUAUACUAUUUUAUUAAUCUACCUCUUAAUCAACUCAUCCUAAUUGUGUUCUUAAUUCUGAUGAAGAGAGUACUAAGUGUUUAUAUUCAGGACCAAAUACACAAAGGACUUCAAGUGUUUAUUUUUAUAAUGCUAAAAGAAGUAGUCGCUCAAAUGUAAGUGGUAUCUAACAGCAACCUUCUUACCAUGCAAAUUCUCAUCAUUAAUAUCAAAAUUCAUACUUGAAUAAUAGUAUAGCAGCAGGAAGUGGUAAUAAUCUAAGUAUUAAUCCAAACAGCGGGUAGUUAAAUAAUAACAAUAACAGUAUUCGAUUACCAAAAAUAAUAAGUUUGCUAAAGCAAAGAAGUAGUAGCAUAUACAGUGGUGUGACAAACAGAUCACAUUAAAUUGUGGAAGAACUCGAUAUUGCUUCAGUAUAGAAUGUAAGUAAUAUAAAUUCAACUAGGAGAGCUAAAGAUUAAUCUCGCAUUUAUUAAGCAAAUAACCUAAAAUCUCCAAAUAAUAGUGUUAGUAAUAACAAUAUUAAUUAAGGGAUUUCAAACAAUUAAAAUAAGUUAACUUUAAAUAAUAAUAAAAUAACUUCAGGAAUAGAAUAGCUUUUAACUUAAAAUGUGAGCAACUCACCUUCUAAGAGUAAUAUAAAUACAUCAAGAACUCAUUAAAAACACUAUAAAUCAAGCUAGCAAAGAUUUGUAACUGUAUCAAUUAAUUAAUCUCCUAAAAAUAAAAAUUAAACAUAAAAUACUAUUCCUAACUUUGAUUUACUUCCCAAUAAUACAUCAAUACACUACCCGAAUUCUAACGAUUUAUAUAACAUUGCUGAUCAAGGUCUUUAAAACAAUGAGGAAGAUUUCAAAAUUUAAAAGAGAAUAAGAUCUGAAGAUGAUAAUGAUGACAUUAAUAUGUCAAUAAAACCUGAAAACAGCAAAUUAUCAGUAAUGAGUAAGCUCUCAACAGUUCUAUUCAAAAAUAGUAUUAUAAAUGCAUCAAAUUAAAAUAAAGAAAAUGACCCUCGUAGUAGAAACACUCCUGCAUUAAAAAAAGAAAAAUAUGUUAACUUAAAUAAUAAAAGGAGAUCUAGUUUAUUUUCAACUGAAUAAAAUAAACCAGCUUAAUUAUCAUAAAAUUGCUAAACAAUAAAUAGUAUAAACACAAUAAAUGCUAAAGGAAGUAUUUAGACUAGCAGACGGUAAAAUAGUAUAAAUUAAUAGUAAUUAUAAAAUGCUAAUUAAUAACAAACGCAAUAGCAAUGCUUAUAAUAUCUUACUUAAUAAAGUUCAAUAUAAAAUGAUGAAGAUUAGCCUAACAUUGAUUAUUCUCAAUAUGCAUAUUACGCGCCAAAGAAUAAAAAGACUAAAUUUUAAUCUUAAAGUCCCUCUUAAAUUAUGACACACAGAAGCGGAAACAUGAGUGUUAAGAAAAGUUAUGGGAAUUGUUAAUCUAAUAAUAAAAAUUGCUAAAUGCAAAUAUUAAAUUCUCCAUAAUAGUAAUAGUAAUAGUCUCCUCUGAGCAAUCAAAAGAGUUAUAUCAGAAAUAGCUAUAGCAUUAUAAACAAACGCUAAUCAGCAGCAGCUGUAAAUUAUAAAUAAAAUUCUGUUCAAAUAAAUCAAUCAAUUAAUAACAGUGAAGAAUUGUAGUUAAACAAUGAUACAAAUUCUAUUAAUUAAAAUGAUAAAUCUGAAAGAAAGAAAAAAAUUGUUAUGUAACAGUAAUAUUUGUAAAAUAAAGAUAGUUUUUGCCACGAAAUCUAAUAAAAUUCUAGUCACAGUUAACCAUAAUAAAAAAUUGGAGGGGGAACUUCAAGGGCAAAUUAUCAUCAUUCCCCACCUCCUCCACUUCUAAAAAAUCACCGAGAGACUAGCUAAGAAAAUGUCUCUUCACAUAUCUAAUAAACUAAAUCAAAGAUUUCUUUGAUUCCUUCACAUGUCCUCUAGUAUUCACUAUAAACUUAAAUUGCAUAAACAAAUCCUUCAAAUACACUUUAAAUUUCUAUAAAUUAAGGAUACCAGCCUUAACAAUCAUUGUCUUAAGCUAAAACUACAAAAAAGCAAUUACACCAUUAAUAAUUCACUGGUCCUACUCCAUCAAAAUCUAAUUCUAGAAAUUAAUCUCCUCUUGUAAAUAAAAUAGCAAAUAGUGGAAAAACAAGUCAUUAAUAAAUAGGUAAUAGUAAUAGCAUUAAUAAUGGCGUAAAUUUAAAAAUAGAAGUAAAAAGUAAUAGUCUCGAGAGAAAUUCUUUGACUAAAAAACCUUCAACAACAAACAAUAAUUAACUAGUUUAAAAUUUAAAUUCACCAAAACUCAAAAGAAAUAUCUAAAAAAGCACAUUUUCUAAUGAAAAUAAGUAAAAUAAAUCAGUGAGCAAUGAAAAGAAAAACAUUUAAAAUAAUACUUAAUCAUCUGAUAAAAAAAAUAAAGCCUAGAUGGGUUUAGAUUUCUCUAAAAUAUCUACAACGGUAAACAAAAAAUAGGAUAUUUUACUAAAAAAUACAGCAGCAGCAAAUGUAAUAUUUAAAACAGAAGAAGUUUAAGAUGAUGAAGACUAAAAUACUCAUGCUUAAAAGAAGCUAGCUUAAAGAAAAAUAAGUGAAGGAUAAGAAAGCCCUUCAAAAGGCAAAGAAAAAAAUUGCUAUGCGAAAAAGAAUUUGCUCCAGGCUUUUAAUUAAGCUGAAGAUAAUACUGAUAGAAUAAACAUCUAAAACUAACAAAUUACACCUUAAAAUGAGGAAUUUGAAGAUGAACAAAAAGUUAUUGAAUAAAAUGAAAUAUACAAAAAAAAUGUGCAUAGAUUUAGCUCAACUUAUAAUAAUCCUGAGCUUAGUCUUCCUUUGACUUUGUUACAAAAAAAUUUAUAGUAAACAACAGCAAAUUAGAAUGGGUCACACCAAUCAAGUGAACCUAGUAAGGCUUUGUUUUAAAAUGGAAUUUUAAAAAGUCAACCAAUAGCUUUAACUGCUUCUAAUCUAUUAAAUAUAAAAGAUUAAUAGUAAGAGUAACUUUCUUUGAAUUAAGACAUUGCAGAAAAUCAGAAUAAAAAAUUAAAUAACAACAGUAGCCUUCAAAAGGAUAAAUAGUAUAAAAGAAAGUACUAGCAAAAUUAAUUCUAAAAGAAGAAAUCUAAAAGCAAUUCAGAUACAGUUAUAAAGGCUCAGGAAUACGAAGAAUUAGCAGAGGAAAUCAUUGAGUCGUAAUAAAGUGAGCACUUAUUAACAAAUCCAAUAAAUACUAAUUAAGAUGAUGUAAUUGAGGAGAAAAUAGAAACUAAAAGUAUUUCGAUUACAAAUUAAAGUAAGUCUAUUAUUUCAGAUAUUGAUAAAAAAAAUGAAAUUAUGCUCAAAACAAGUGGUUCAGUAUAUGAAUCUUAACAUAUGACUAGUUCAGAAGAAGAAUGUAAUGAAUCUGGAUUAGCAAUUUCAAUUUAAGUUGAUAAUAUUGACAUAAAGGAAGAUUUAGAUAUAUAGAAGAUUCCUCCAUAAUAUAAAAAACAAAAAUCAAGUGCAAAAAAGAAAGAAAAUGAUACAGUUUCUCCUACUGAAAAAAUUAAAAAGAAAUAGGAAAGUGGAAAUAAGUUCAUUUAAGAAAUCGAAAAGCAGAUACCCUCCAGUAAUAGCAUUGAAGUUUCCAAAGUUUUAAUUGUUUAAGAUGAUGAUGAUGAUGAAGAGGAAUACAACAAAUAGCUGAUUAGUCAGAUAAAUAGUCUACCUUAUACAUCUGAUUGGAGAAUUUAGAGUUUCUUAAUAGAAAAUAAAACUGAUAUUUUAAAAAAUAGAAUUAACCUGAGUAAUUUAAUCAACGGAGUGACAGCUUCUUGUAAAACAUAACCUGUAGAAACUAUAUUAAGUAACUAAGUGUUUAAUUAAAAUUUGCAAAAUAAGCCAGAAAGCAACAAUAACAACAACGAUCAGUAAUAAAAUUUCCAUUCAAACAUAGAUUAAAAUUAAAAUAAAUUACCUACCAAUGAAAAAAGAUAAAAUAAUCAUAGUAAAAUAUUUGGUAAUCCAUAAAUUCUUUAGCUAACUGAUGUAAUAAAAGCUAGUGAAUGA